GAUCACAUAAAAGUAACUUUAUCCGAUAUGUAAAAAAAAAAAAGUUAUAUAUCCUUAAUAUUCUUAUUUUAAUUUUUAAAAGAACUUAAACUUAUUUAUGAUGUCUACAAAUAUUACUUGGCAUGAAGGACAAGUAACUCGUUCAGAACGAGAAAAUUUACUUAAACAAAAAGGUUUAACGAUUUGGUUUACCGGACUUUCCGCUUCUGGUAAAUCAACUUUAGCAAGUGUUCUAGAACAACAUUUAUUACAUUUAGGUAUAUCUAGUUAUAGACUUGAUGGUGAUAAUAUUAGAUUUGGAUUGAAUAAAAAUUUAGGCUUUGGUCCGGAUGAUCGUACUGAGAAUAUUCGUAGAAUUGCAGAAGUUGCAAAACUUUUUGCGGAUUCUACAACAAUUGCGUUGACUUCUUUUAUUUCACCAUAUAAAGCUGAUCGUGAUUCUGCAAGAAAAUUGCAUGAAGAUAAUGGUAUCCCAUUUAUCGAGGUUUUUGUUGAUGCACCUCUAGAAGUUGUUGAACAACGUGAUCCAAAAGGUUUAUAUAAAAAAGCAAAAGCCGGGGAAAUCAAGGAAUUUACCGGUAUUUCUUCUCCAUAUGAACCACCAACAUCUCCUGAGUUACAUAUUCAAACUGAUAAAACUACAAUAGAAGAAAGUGUAAAGAUUUUAGUGAAUUAUCUAAAGGAAAAAAAAUAUAUUUCUACAUUAUAAAUAAUUAUGUAAAAUGCUAAAUCUCAAUAAAUCAAGUUUUUUUAAUGAUUUAAAAAGCGUAUAACAAAUGUUUAUAUAAAAAAAAGUUCAAAAUUUUCAAUUGUUAAUUUAAAAAAUAAAUAUGAUAUUUAACGUCUCCAUCAAGGAGACGAUAAUCUUUUUUUACGUCUAUAUAUGAAUCUGUCAAAUUAUUGUAACGAAUAUUAUUUUACAUCUUAACUCCAGACAUCUUCUUGAUAUCUUCCUUUGCUUCUUAAAUCUUUAACAUAAUUUGUUGCACUAGUUUCAUCCAUUCCGCCACAUGAUUGAGCAAGUUGACCAAGGGCCGUAUUAACGUCACGUGCCAUAUUUUUGGCAUCACUGUAGUUAAAAAUUAAUUUGUAUUUAGUAAUCAAACUUUUUGAUCG